AUGAGUUCCAUAAGUGAGAAUGUAGACGACAGGCUUAGUAUGUUGCCUGAAGAUAUUCUUGCACGCAUACUCUCUUUAAUGCCUACGAAAUAUGCUGUGCAAACUAGCAUUUUAUCCAAAAGAUGGAGGUACACUUGGACGUUUGUCACAAACUUGGACUUUGAUUAUACUAGACGUCACACCUUUAAUGAAAACAUACUUAUCACAUUCGAAGAUGGGAAUGAAAAAAACUUUACAAAAUUUGUGGAUAGGGUAUUGAAGUUUUGCAAAACAUCUCAGCUUAAAUCGUUUCGUUUAUACAUUUCUAAUAAAAUGGUUCGAGGGUCAAGUUUAUCAAAUUGGAUUGAUAACGCUCUCAAGUUAAACGUGCGUGAACUUGACAUAUGUGUUAUUCAAUCUGAGUUGCCUUCAAGCGUGUUCACCUGCAAGACCCUGACAGACCUACGAUUAGAACUUUGUGCCUGUGAUUUUGGUGGUUGGGAGUUACCGUCUACGAUCUAUCUUCCUUGUCUGAAAACUCUUGACAUUGUCGGGUGUAACAAUCCUCAAGUCAUUCAUGGCUGCUGCCCAGUGCUUGAAAGUUUAUCUUUGGAAGUAUCAUGCAAUGAUGAAGAAGAUUUCAUAUUGAACAUCCCUACUUUGAAACGGCUGAAUCUAAGAUGUAGUUCAGGCCCCGGCAAUGAUAUCAGCAAAAUUAUUUUACACGUCCCUAAACUUGAAUACUUGUUUGUUGAUGGAGAAUUGUGCUCGCUUUUUGAAAUGGAAGAUAUGCCGUCUUUGGUUGUGGCAUCGAUUGCAUGUUGGCAAAGUAUAUAUGAUUUCCCGUGGGCUGAUAUACUAAACAAACUAAGAGGGGUUCAAAAUCUUUCAAUAGAAAAUUUCCCAUUCACUUCACCUCUGCCCAUCUUUCCGAAUAUGAAGCAAUUGGAGUUGACUGGUAUAUGGCAAUCUGGACAAAUCACCCAGUUUCUUGAGAGUUGUCCCGAGUUGAAGAUUUUGUGUUGA